UGUAACAGCUUUUGUCCAUGCCUGUUAUAAAAAUAUAUUUUUUGACAAAUCGUUCUUUUCUCUACGUUUGGGCAUGGUAAUCACCAAGUAAUCACCGCAGUUUGGUGCAAGUUGAACUAUUAUUGAUAGGUGGCGAAACAUUUCACUCUUGCAUUUGAGUGUCAUGUGAACCAGCCUGUAUAUGCUUUAUAAUCCACUAUGCAGUCAUAUGGAAUGAUUGGUUGUAUCGGAUUAUAUCACUUGUAUUUUAUGUUGGACGCAAGAGCCAAGCUGCUACGCGCCCUAACCCAGAACAACAACAACAACAACACUUGUAUUUUAUGUGACUAGGUACUAAACGCCUGGAUUUUCAUUGAGGGAAGGCAGCCAUGUCUUCCCUGGAGAAGCUGGUGCGUGCGCUGGAGCUGCUGCGCACCUCCGAUUCGGCGGCGGGAGGCGCCACCACCCCCAGCUCGCCGGUGGAGGCCUCCCUGCGCUCCAGUCUGGCCGACCUGAAGCCGACCUCUCUGCUCUUCAGGCAGCGGGAGGCGGCGCUGAGCAGUCGCGAGAAGAAGCAGUGCUGCUGCCACCUGGCGGAGGGCGUGGUGAGCGCCGCCCAGCGGCCCAGCCCUGACCAGCUGCAGCGCCACCUGCCGGCAGUCGUCGAGACGCUGCUCCAGCUGGCCGACGACGCGGACGCCGACGUGCGCACGGCUGCCGACGAGAGCCUCAACAGGAUCGUCAGGGGCCUCUCGGAGAACAACAUCGGUCGGCUGCUGGUGGAGCUGUACAAGGGCAUCAAACAGGGCCACAGUCCGCGCUCGGUGGCCGCCGCGCUCACGCGGUUCGCAGAGCUCUCCAACCGAAUACGACCGCAGAAGCGGCGUGCGUACGUGGUCAACCUGUUCCCGUGUAUCCUGCGCCUGACGCAGCGGGCCGAGCUGGCCGUGCAGGAGAGUCUGUCGGCAGCCCUCGUCAAAAUGGCGCCCGUGCUCGGCGUGUUCUUCACUGACGGCGAGACCAAGGCGGUGCUGCAGGCGUUCCUGCCUAACCUGGAGCACAGCCAGGCCCCGCUGCGGCGGGCCGCCAGCGCCGCCAUGGUGGCACUAGUGUCUCAGUGCCGAAAACCGGAGACGUUCCUACCCUGGCUGCUCUCGACGCUACUAGACUGGCUGGUGCCGCUGCGUCCCCCGGAGUCGGAGUCGGCCGGCCGGGUGCUCGGAGUACUCCUCUGUCUCCGCGACAUCACACCGCUGCUCGAGGAGCUCUGUGACGGCGUCAGUCUGGAGCGGCUGCUGCAGCUAUACGAGCUGCUGCUGCACCUGACACAGCACGCCAACCACAACGUGGUGACGUCAGCUCUGGACGCGCUGUGUCAGCUGCUGCGCGCGCCGCCCGCCGAGCUGCUGGCGGCGCUGAUCACGGAGGGAGCUCUCGAGCGGAGCAGGCUCCAGCCGGACGCGGCGCCGGCCGUCGGAAAGGCCAACAGUGUGCUCAGCGUGGCGCCGUCUCUGGCCGGAGAGGAGGCGGACCUGGCAGAUACCGACUCGCUGCUCUGGCCGGCGGAGGACCCCGGUCAGGACGAGCGGGGCGCGGAGACGCCGCCCCCGCCCCCGCCUCCGCCGGCGGCGGCUCCGGCUGAGAUAGAGGAGCGCUCCGUGUGGACAGAGCCGCCGCUGCGCGUGGCCACGCCCCCUGCCGAUGACGUCAUCGAUCCGCUGCGGUACGACAUCACGUGUACUGACGAGACUGCCGACACUGCCUCCGGGGACACUCAGGGCUCGGUUGCCGGCGACAUUGGAUCGCUGACGGACGGAGGGAUCCCUCUCAUCUACUGCUGUCGGCUGCUCGUCUCACGGUACCUGCUCACCGGCGUACCCAAGGGCAUCAGGGGUGACCGAGAGGUGCGUGUCAGCAUCAAGGUGCUGUGUGUCACCUGUAUCAGCGCGGCCGUGUCACUGGCGCCCGACAUACUGUCACUGCCGCUGCUGAUCGACAAAGAUCCUGAGUCAGCCGAGUGUCAGUACCUGUGGGACGUGCUGCUGUUUGUGGAUGACGCCGACCCGCAGCUGCGCGGCGCCGUGUCCCUGCUCAUCGGCACUUACCUGCGCGCGACGGCGCUUCAGCCAGCCACCCAGGGGGAUGGCACCGACCGACCGGCGCCGCUGAGAGCGCGGACGCUGCUCGACCACCUGCAGCAGGUGCUGCUGGACAGCAGUCACGUGUCGAGUCGCCAGGCGCUGGAGGGGCUCGGCCAGUGUCUGGAGCCGCUGCUGAAGGCGCCCGAGUGUGAGCUGCUUCUGCCGCUGCUGUCUGCGUUGCUCCGGCUGGCCGAUCACUCCUACUGGCUAGUCAAGGUGGACCUGUGCUCGCUGGUGUCGGCGCUGCCGCUGCCGGAGCUGGAGCUGCUCUGGCGCUGGGGAGCUGCCGACGACAGCAGCUACCAGCAGCUGCUGUUGGACGACCUGCUGCUCCGGCUGCUGGAGGACGUCGACCAGCGCGUCCAGCAGGCGGCCGCCACCGCGAUCGUCAGUUACGUACAGCGAGUGCCGGUCUCCGCCGAGCCGGACGGCUGGGUGUCGGAGGCGGCCGGCCGGCAGCGCUCGGCCCUCCUGCCGCCGCCGCAGCCGUGGGGUACCGGUCUCCGUGUGACCGGUCCCGGCCGGGGAGCCGUGCCGCCCUUUAGCGAGGCUGGUGGACCGGCCCGGCCCGAGCUGGGCGCGGCGCUCUCACUGGUGGUCGGCAAACUGAUCAGCACUCUGAUGAUGACCGACUCAAAACAUAUGGUGUCGGGGACGGUUCUGGCGCUCAGGGCUCUCAUGGACAAGAUGCCGGCCACUGUAUACCCGGAGGCCUGGCAGGUCAACCACAAACGGUACCGCCGCGGUCUGUACCAGCUGUGCGUUUCCAUGGUUACGUCCACACAACUGAUGCACGACCUGGCCACACACAACAACCUGGUGCACCUGGCUGCCAGCCUCGCCGCCGGGAUCUGCGUGCGCCAGCAGCGGGCGCGACCGUCUCAGAGCCGGGAGGAGCGACUGAGGGCCAACUGGGACCUGCUCGAGCCGCUGGUCACCCACGUGAUGCGCGUGAUGAACAUCUACAGCCACCUGGUCGGCGACACGCAGCCCACCACGCCGCAGAACAAGUCGAGUCUGCCCAGUUUUCCAACUGCCAGCUCGUUGUCGCCGAUCAAAAAGCGCAGCACCCCGGAACGGUCAAAGUCUGCCACCAGCACUACUACCACCUCCACGGCAGCGUCUUCCACGCCCGCCCCGGCGCCCGCCUCUGCCGCCUCCGACCGGGCUGGUUCACAAGAGCGGGAGGAGAAGGAGGCAGACAAGAAGGUCCGACAGGCCGUCGGGUUCUUUAUGUCAUCACCCGAGUACCAGAAGCUGUACUCGAUGCUCAAAACCAUUUACGAGACAUUCAAGAUCACGCUGAACGCCCAGAGCUCUGAGAAGCUACUGGGCGUGCUGUCGGGCUGUCUGACGGCGCUGGGCAUCCUGCUCGAGCUGGUCGGCACGGCCCAGGUGGCACCGCUGGCCGAGGAGCUGCUCGGAUACGUCACCGGGCUGAUACGACUGACACCGGCGCUGGCGCUGCACUGCGUGUUGCAGCUGCUGCGCGCCAUGUUCGGCUCGGCGGACGCGGCUCGUCCGUCGGGCUCGGCCGGCCACCUGUCGCGGGACGCCAGCACGACGUCGUGCGCGGCGGACGACGAGCCGGGCCUGUACCAGGCGUGUGUGAACGGGCCUUAUGCCGAGCUGGCCGCGUUUGUGGCCACCUCCCGGCGACUGACGGCGACCAACGAGGAUGGCACUUCUCCGUCGCCUCGGCCGGAAUACGACAGUCGCCGGCCGGGACUCAGCUCGGGCCGCAGUACCGACAAACAGGCGCUGGCCUCCUACAUCCGAGUCUUCGAGCCGUCUGUCAUCAAGGCGCUCAAGCUGUACACUGUGACCAGCGACCCGGAGGUGCAGAGUCAAGUGCUCUGGCUGCUCAUUCAGCUAGUCCAGCUGAGAGUCAACUACUGUCUGCUCGACUCGGACCAGAUCUUCAUCGGCUACGUCAUUAAACAGCUGGAGUACGUCGAGGAGGGACAGAUGAAGGAAGGUAACCAGGUGAUCCCUGCCAUCUUCCGGUUUCUGGUGGCAUUGUCCUACGAGCGCUACCACUCCAAGACGAUCGUCUCCAUACCCAAGGUCAUCCAGCUGUGCGAUGGCCUCAUAGCCAGCGGUCAGCCGCCGGAGACUUACGCACUGCCUGCGCUCCGUCCCAUCGUCGAGGACCUGUUCGUAUCGGCUCGGCCGUCUGUCCAGGACGCCAAGGAGCUGGAGGCGCAGAAGGAGGUGCUGCUCAGCAUGCUGCUGCGGCUGAUCCAGUACCCGGAGGUUCUGGAGCUGGUAUCGCUAGCCGUGUGUGAGUCUCGCCGGGACGGUGAGGAGCGCUGGCGGCUCGCCUCGCGCGCCGUCCUGGACGCCCUGCUGCCGCCGCUGUUGCAGCUGCACGUGAGGCUCGACUCGCCCGAGGCGCUGGCGGCGCUCCACCGGCUGCUGGCGGCGCUGUGCCCGCGCGCCCUCCGGCCCGCCGAGGACCUGCUGUCGGGCCUGCUGCGGCACCCGGUCGGCGUGUCCUCGGUCUCGGACAUGCAGCGCUGGGGCGGCAUGAUAUCGGCUCUGCUGCGCGUGCUGGUCACACACGUGCGGGAGGACGUGCUGCUCGCUAGGGUGGAUGACCUCGGACUGGCCACCACGGAGCUGCACCGGGACCGGGAGCGAGCCGUCAGCGCACAGGAGAUCGUCGUUAGGUUCCUGCUGUCUGCUCUGGAGCUGCUGGUCGGCCAGCUGGCCUCCGUGGUAGCCAGCCCUCUGAUGUGGGGCACCACCACCUGCCUGCCGCAGCUGCUGGCUCAGCUCCUGCAGAUCAUCAUCUACAUACUGCAGUCCGGCGCGUUUGGCGAGUGCGCACGCUGCGCUAUGUGGCUGGUCUCAGAGGGCCUGUACGACCUGGAUCCCAUCAGCAGCGCUUUCCUCAGCCUGGCCGGCGUGCAGCCGGUGCUGCUGCUCUCCUGGUGUAACCUGCUCACACUGCUCAACUACCGGCAGCUGGACUUUUGGCGCGCGCUCACCCAGCCGCCCGCCGACCCCAGCUGGGAAUCGACAGGGUGUCUGGCCCGUGACCUGGCCCGCAAGGGAGCUCUCAUUCUUCUCUGUGAUUACAUGUGUGAGAACACGUCGGACGGUGAGCUGCUCGCCUGGCUGCUCACCUCUCACAUGACGGAGCUGGUGGCGCUCAGUGCCGAGCCUCCCGUCUCCGAUAUGCUGGCCGCGCUCCACCGGAACCCCUCGGCGUCCGGCCUGCUGAUCCAGGCCAUCGCCGCGCGCUGUCGGCAUCUGGAUCAGCCGCUGAUGGCCCAGCGCGUGCUGCGCUGUCUGGAGGGAGCGCCGGCCGCUCAGUACGGGCCGCUGUUGCUGCUCCUGUCUCGCCGGCUGAUGACCUCACACCACCUGGUCGUGGCCGACGAGGUCAUCCGGCUAGCCUGUAGGAAGUUGGAGAUAAUGCUGGCGGCUGAAGAGCGAAUACUUUCAGAAGACAACUUCAAUGAACUGGUGGAAAAUAUAUCGAAAGAACCAUCUCUAAUGAGGGAGCGCGAGCUGACCUCGCUGGUGACCCGGCUGGGUCAGACGUUCUUCGGUGUGCCCCUGGCUCUGGGUGAGGAGGAGGCUGAGAGGCCGGCCGUUGCGCCGCCGGCAGUGCCCGACCGAGACUGGUACCGGCAGCUGGUCAGGGACACGAGCGGCUGGUCUGAGGCUCCCGGUCGAGAGUGCGCCCGUCUCCUGGCACGGCUGGAGCACCAGGAGAUCCUGGACAUCCUCAUGGCUGAGGGAACUGACCUGGCCAUCCUGGAGCACUGCUUCCGACAACCGGACAUAGGCACGGAGGCUGGCGGCUCGGCGCUGUACGCCGCGGCUGAGACUGCUCUGUGUCAACAUCUGGAGCUGAUCUGUAGCCAGCUGCCUUCGCCCGAUCAGGCGUUCGCCAGUGACCGGUAUCGUAAAUACACCCGCCGCCUCGAGGAGCAGCUCUGUGAGCCGACUGUAUGGCGGCGCCUGCUGCGACUGGCGGCCGGCGUCCAGGCCUACUGUGCCUCCCGACACACUGCCACCGUUCACCUGGAGCCGCCGGAGACGGCCGCCGCGCCACUCGCCAGGCUGGCGCUGCUCUGUCUGGAGGCUCUGCGCUACAGCGUGACCUGCCGUCUCCCGGAGCUGCCGCGACACGUGCGCGUCCUGCUGGGCACUGCCGCCGGCUGCCUGCGACUCUCCUCUGUGCUGGCCGAGCUGGCCGCCAGGGACACCCAGUGGACGGUGCUGGCAGUGAACGCCAUCUACCGGGUGACGCGCGUGCUGCGCGGUGCUCUGCCAGAGACUUCGGUGUCGGCAGUGUCGACCGGCGUCGAGUCGCGCGUAUACCAGCGGAUGGCCUCGCUGAUGCUGUGGGCAGAGGCUCUCCAGGACAGACACGAGACAGCCACCAGGAUCAGGUCCGUGGUGCUGGCGGUGGGCCGCCUGCCCCUGCUCUCCAGUUUCCUGCGCGUGCCUCCGGACGUGUACCGUCUGGGCUGGGACGAACAGGAGCGCCAGAGACAGGGCCGCUUCAGUCCGGUGGCCGUCCAGUACCUACAGGAGGCCGAUGUGCUCAAACAGUACAUCCUUAGAGUGAACACUCUGGGGUGGACGGGCCGCCGUGAGUUCGAGGAGACGUGGAUGACGUACCUAUCUGUGCUGAACGCGGCUACUGAGGAUGACACCUCCAACCGGGAGGAACUGGCCGUCCUCCUACAGACCAACUGCCUGGCGGUGCGCGGCAUCACCUCGCUGCUACUGCAGACGCUCACCGCCAUGACGCCCGGCUAUCCGGAGGUCAGCGCCACGCUGCACUACCCCCGAGACCACCAGCCCGUCUUCGUGCCAGGAAGCUCCAUCAUGCACCUGCACCGGACACUGCAGCAGCUGGAGGCGGCAGUGGCAGCCUCGCCACUGCUGCCGCCCAUGGUGUUCGCGCGGCAGCUCAACCUGGAGCGUCGCCACGACGCGGGGAGCUAUGGCCACGGACAGCUGUCGCUGCGCUAUCUCCAGGGAGUCAUCAGUGGCAACAACGGCGCCCACUCUGGCCGCGAGGUGGCGCUGGCGGCCGCCGGUCUGGACAUCAACUCGUGUCUGGUGUUCCUGCUGCAGCUGUACGCCCAGUGGACGGCGCCGGAGAUGGGCGUGCCGCUGCCGCUGCUCACUGAGACGCUCCGCUCGGCAGUGCUGCUCUCAGACCUACUGACCGAGCGCGGCCAGUUCGAGUGGCUGCUGGCCACCUGCGUCUCGCUCUACCAGCUCCACCCGGUCGAUGACGAGAUUAUGCUUCAGUACCUGGUGCUCGGACUCUGCAAGGCGGCCGCUGUCCUGAAUGCCGAGGAAUCUACAGUGGUGGAGACGGUCCGCCGCGCCGUGGAGCACGGCCUCCGCUGUCCACUGCCGCCAGUACGCAGCGCCACCGUACACGGCUGUCUGUACCUGCUGCAGCUGGGACAGGGCGAGCUGAGCAGCGCAGUACUGCCGCCGCUAGGAGAAUUCGUACAGCGCAGCCUGCACCAUAUCGCCACCGUGCCCGGCUACAACGACGACCACGACCUGUCGGUGUGGGCGGCGGCCGUGUACGUGCUGCAGCACUACGACGACGGCCUGGCCGAGUCCGAGUUCUCGCCGGCUGUACUGCAGCUGGCGCUCGGACUGGCCGGCAGCACCCGAUCCUCGGCGCUGUAUGAGGCACUCAUGAAGGGCAUUGAGCGUCUGGUGGUGUGCGGCACGGUGAGCGCCGCUGCCGGACCCCUGGAGUUGGCGGUGGAGCAGCUCAGGUCCCGCUCCGGCCCCGGGCAGCUGCACGCCCUCUCCCUGCUGACGGCGUGUCUGUUCUCCGGACCGGCCGCCGCCGGCGCGCACACCACACCAGAGACGUUCAUACACGUGCUCGAAAAGUACUCCAACGUGUUCACUAAGAUGAAGGCCACGCCGGGCUUCCUGUCGACGGUGUUGUGCAGCUCGGUCACCUCGGGCCUGCUGCAGCUCUGUCCGCCCUCCGAGGUCAUGAACCGAGUCAUUGGAGAGUUCAUAUCGCCCCACCAGAGCCACGUGCUGGCACUGGCCGACACAGUUUUCCAGGUGUUUGAGGCGUGCGUGAGCCAGCAGCAGGAGGCGCUGCUCCAGGACUGGGUGCUCUUUAGUCUGCCCAAUUUCGCCACGGCGCGUCCCUCUGCUCGCUCCACGUGGCUACUGUCCUGCUUCCUGGCCGGAGCCAGCCGGCGGCCGUGGCUGCGGGCCGCCUUCCCUCUGCUGCAGCGGUGUGGCGACGAGGUGGACCUGGCCGGCGGCCGGUGUCCGCAGCUGGCGCAGCUCUUCCUGGCGGCCGCCACCGACUUCUACUCCCAGCUGUCGGAGUCUCAGCGGCGCCAGUUCAUCGCAGCUAUCGAGACACCGGCAUCUGGCGGCGACCCCACGUACAAACAGCUGCUGUUGACGCUGACAGAUGGCAGCACCGUGCCGGCCACCAGCGGCUGACCGGGCGGGGGAGGUGGCGUCCCUCUGAGGGAGGUAAAGACGGUAGUGUAGACGGCACUGUGCAGCUGAGCUCUGGGGAUACAGGGUAUACUGUGAGGCUCGGCGUAGGUUAGAGAUCCAGAGUUCCGGUGCCAAUAUUUUGACCCUGCUCGGAGGGAGGCGGGCGCUGUAUUUUCGAAGGGACCUGAGUUGAUCUGCGCCCCUCUGGGCGUUAGAUGCUGGUAGUUCGAAGGUAGUGUAGUGAGUGAGCUGUUGAAUCAACAGUAGUCGGUAUAUCCGUAUAUGUAUAUUAUCUGGAGACCGGGAGCUGGCCGUUGGACUAAGUCGAUCACCAGAGGCGGUAUUCAGAGUAUUUAUCCUAACCGAUGUGGCGUGCUGGCUUGUGGUCCUCCUAGACCACCAUCCAUCUCCCAGUGUGUGUUCUGUGCCAAUAUCGGGAGCACCAGGGGCCCGGGCACCAGGGAAGUCCUCUGUUAGCAGCCCCAUGCCUGACACUGGAGGCGUCUCGUGUGUUUCUCGCACAUCCAUCUCGCUUCAGGACAGACCGUCCCACCCGACAGUGUGUCGCCUUGGUUUAGCCUAGCACCCACACGAGCUGCGUUUGUGAUAUGACCGGCCGGCGCGAGAACGACUUUUGUUGCGUGCGACGCACCGUAUCCUGCUUUCCUUUGUCACUGUGAUAAACUCGCGAGUCGGUGUCGUUUAUUUACAGAGCCGGUGACUGUUGUGUUGGCUGUUGUCUGUUUGGUUAGCUGAACUGGAUGGGGGAUCGGUGGGGUUAAUGAGCGUCGAAACUCGAAACUAAGGGGGCUGUCACUGGCCAGCUCGAUCGGUGGAACCCAGCCGUGUGAGGAAAGACGACACUAUGUCGAAAUAUAUCUCGUGUGAAACU